CCCGGCGAGGAGCGCAGCCGCCGCCGCGUCCUCUCAGCCUUGCGCUGGGCACGCUGCCUCUGCCACUGCAGCCCGGCCCAGGCGCGGAACCCGGGGCACUGGCCCCGUAGCCUGCUUACCCUUUGGCUGCAGCCGGCAUGGGAGGCCGCUGAGAGCGGACACUCCUUCCCUCUGGCACCUCCCCCGGCCACUGGCCACUGGACUUCGGCCAGCAAGACUCGGCCACCUCGGGUACCCAGUCCGGCGCCUGGCACGGCCCUCCGCUCUGCUCCUCCGGCUCUGAGCAUCGUGUCCCCGCCCCCCCCGCCCGCGCCUGGGACACCUGGGUCCCCCGGCGGCCCCUAGGAGAGGGGCGGGGGGGGGCAUGAAGCCGCUGGAGAAAUUUUUGAAGAAGCAGACGUCGCAGCUGGCGGGACGGACGGUGGCGGGAGGUCCCGGCGGGGGUCCGGGGAGCUGCGGCGGGUCUGGAGGGGGUGGGGGACCUGGCGGGGGCGGCGGUCCAGCCGGGGGACCGCGGCCGCUGCAGCGGCGUCAGAGCGUGUCUCGCCUGCUGCUCCCAGCUUUCCUCCGGGAGCCCCCCGCCGAGCCUGGGCUGGAGCCGCCCCCUGAGGAAGAAGGGGGAGAACCCGCGGGGGUCGCGGAGGAGCCGAUUAGUGGGGGUCCUUGUUGGCUGCAGCUAGAGGAGGUGCCAGGGCCAGGGUCGCUCGGGGGCGGGGGGCCCUUGCGCUCCCCUUCCUCAUAUUCCUCAGAUGAGCUGUCCCCAGGCGAGCCCCUCACUUCACCGCCCUGGGCCCCGCUGGGCGCUCCGGAGCUGCCGGAGCAUCUUUUAAACCGGGUUCUGGAACGGCUGGCUGGAGGGGCCACCAGGGACAGCGGUGCCUCAGAUAUCUUGCUUGAUGACAUCGUCCUCACCCACUCCCUCUUCCUCCCAACGGAGAAAUUUCUACAGGAACUACACCAGUACUUUGUUCAGGCAGGGGUCCUGGAGGGCCCUGAGGGGCUGGGCCGGAAGCAGGCCUGUCUGGCUAUGCUACUCCAUUUCUUGGACACCUAUCAGGGGCUGCUGCAGGAGGAAGAGGGGGCCGGCCACAUCAUCAAGGAUCUGUACCUGCUGAUUAUGAAGGAUGAAUCCCUUUACCAAGACCUCCGAGAGGACACACUGAGGCUGCACCAGCUUGUGGAGACAGUGGAGCUAAAGAUUCCAGAGGAGAGCCAGCCACCCAGCAAGCAGGUGAAGCCACUCUUCCGCCACUUCCGCCGGAUAGAUUCCUGUCUCCAGACCCGAGUGGCUUUCCGGGGCUCAGAUGAGAUCUUCUGCCGGGUCUACAUGCCUGACCACUCUUAUGUGACCAUACGUAGCCGUCUCUCAGCAUCUGUGCAGGACAUUCUGGGCUCUGUGACAGAGAAGCUGCAGUAUUCAGAGGAGCCCGCUGGACGUGAGGAUUCCCUCAUCCUGGUAGCUGUGGCCUCCUCGGGAGAGAAGGUCCUUCUCCAGCCUACUGAAGACUGUGUUUUCACCACACUGGGCAUCAACAGCCACCUGUUUGCCUGUACUCGGGACAGUUAUGAGGCCCUGGUGCCCCUCCCCGAAGAGAUCCAGGUCUCCCCUGGAGACACAGAGAUACACCGAGUGGAGCCAGAGGAUGUUGCCAACCACCUUACUGCCUUCCAUUGGGAGCUAUUCCGAUGUGUGCAUGAGCUGGAGUUUGUGGACUACGUGUUCCAUGGGGAACGUGGUCGCCGGGAGACCGCCAACCUGGAGCUGCUGCUGCAGCGCUGCAGCGAGGUCACGCACUGGGUGGCCACCGAGGUGCUGCUCUGCGAGGCCCCAGGCAAGCGGGCGCAGCUGCUCAAGAAGUUCAUCAAAAUCGCAGCCAUCUGCAAGCAGAACCAGGACCUGCUGUCCUUCUACGCUGUGGUCAUGGGGCUGGACAACGCCGCCGUCAGCCGCCUGCGGCUCACCUGGGAGAAGCUGCCAGGGAAAUUCAAGAACUUGUUCCGCAAAUUUGAGAACCUGACCGAUCCUUGCAGAAACCACAAAAGCUAUCGAGAAGUGAUCUCCAAAAUGAAGCCCCCUGUGAUUCCCUUUGUGCCUCUGAUCCUCAAAGAUCUGACAUUCCUACACGAGGGGAGUAAGACCCUCAUAGAUGGUUUGGUGAACAUCGAGAAGCUGCAUUCAGUGGCUGAGAAAGUGAGGACAAUCCGAAAAUACCGGAGCCGGCCCCUCUGUCUGGACAUGGAGGCCUCCCCUCACCACCUGCAGACAAAGGCCUAUGUGCGCCAGUUCCAGGUCAUCGACAACCAGAACCUCCUCUUCGAGCUCUCCUACAAGCUGGAGGCUAAUAGUCAGUGAAAAUAGUGAAAAUGGAGGGGCUGGGCUGCCCCCACCAGGGUCCUUGGCACCUGGCACUCAAGCACUUUGCAUGAUGUCCCAACAAACUCACAUGGAAUAUAUUUCCCCUGGAGCAACUUCCUGCUCCGUGGGGAAGAGUUGGAUGGACUUACCUGGACUCAUAAGCUCAUAAGCCUAUUCAUCCUACUGAAAUCCCCUUACUGUUACUCUUUCAUGCCCCAAACACAUUAGGUUUUUUCCUUUUUUUUUUUUUGGUACAGGGAAUUGAACUCAGGGGCAUUCAGCCACUGAACCACAUCCCCAGCCCUGUUUUGUAUUAUUUUAUUUAGAGACAGGGUCUCAUUGAGUUGCUUAUUAUUUUGCUUAUUAUUCCUGCCUUUUCCAGGAAAAGGGGAUAGACAGCUCUUUCCUCUGUCACCUCCCAGUGAGGUCUGUUCCAGAGAUGGAAUUUCCAGCCUCCUCUUCCCAAGCAGCAACUCACAAGACAGGCAUUGUGGGACGCACUGGCAGCUUUCUUUCCCACUGCCUGUCUGGCUUCCUCUUGGUCAGGGUUGGGAGCCCUGGAUGUACCCCUGGGACUAUUACCCUCCGUGUGUGUGUGUGUGUGUGUGUGUGUGUGUGUGUGUGUGUGUGUGUUUCCCCUCUCAGGGAGCAGGAGUGCAUCUGGUAAUGGAGGGAGGGUUGUUGUGUGUAGGGGGGUGUUCCCUCUGUUUGGUGCUACCCUUGUCUGAUCUGCCCUUGGGACAGUGUGGGGUGCCUGCCCCCCACUCCCUGCUCAGCGCCCCCUGCUGCCCUGCAUGCCCAGGCUUGUGAGCCGAGCUGCUCCCCAGGGCAAGGAGCAGCAGCAGGUGGGAGUGUUACCCAACAGCCCUGUGAGUCCCCCACCCUGCCUCCCCAAGAUCCCUAGGUGGGCUCUGAUGAGAAGGUAAAGAUGCUCAGGGAAACACAGGCCUAAGCUGCCUAUAGGACCCUUCUUCUGCCUUGCAGAGGGGCAUAGCACUCUCAGGAGUUAGGGGUGCCUGCCUCCCAUGCUCCUGCUCUUUGGGGUAUCUCUUUGCUAAGGAAGGGAAUUGUCAUCCCCCUUCUGGCUCUUGUAUCUGACCCCAACAACAUAGUCUCUGUCCCUUUCUCCCUGUCUUGACUCCCCUUGGUCCUCCCUGUAGAACUGGGUGGAGUGGAUCUCUGCACUUAGGGCCGGCAGGCCCCUGAAAGUGGGGGGAGAAGGCAGAGACUGUGGAGGUGAAACUGGAUUCUGACAAGGCCUUUAUUACCUCUGCCUCCCCUCCCUCUCCCAUCGCAGGGCUCCAGGGCUGCGGGGUGAAGGAGCUCCUGGCAGCUACUGGGUGAGGUUUCCUGGCACAGCCUUACCCGCCUUCCUGACACCACCUCUUUCCCUUUUGAAGAGGCAGUGGUGGCAGUAGCAGCAGCAAAAGUGGCUGCUGCUCCUGCUCUAGGGUGUAUAUAUUUUUUACCCAAAGCUCUGGAAUUGUAAAUUUAUUUUUUAAAACUCAAAGAGGGAAAGAGACUUGUAUAAUAUGUAAACAUUGUAUCAUAGGUUAUGUUGUACAGUCCCUUUUAUACAGCAGUCUGGUUCCUGUUGCAAAAACUAUCUAUGGACAUACAUAGGCACUAUGCCCCACCCACCCGCUGCAGCCCUUCUGGUGACCAUGGCCCCCCUGUUCCCCGCAACUGCUGAUGCCUGCCUCUAUCCCUGCAGCCCCUGGACUUUCCACCCUUCCUCCUGACCCCUCUCAGCAGCCUUCUCACUCCAGCUCCCACCCCUCCUUGAACACAGUAACCCCCUGGCCCAGUCUUGGUUGCUGCUUGCCUCUCACCUUGAUGCUGCCCAGCUGCUUCCCAGGGGCUCCUCAGCCCACACCCCACAUCCCACAGCUUUAACAGAGUGAAGUGUGUGUAUUGUACAGGAUCAGUUGUCAUUGCAGAAUUUGCUGGGUGGAGAGAAAGCCGAUAAAGUCUAUGAAUCA